AUGAAAAUAGAAUGGAUUCAUAUAAGUGACGAAGGUGCUCAUAUACAGGGGCAAACCGAUGUAUCAAGUCAGUGGUUUUACCUUCUCAGACAAGUAUGGUACCAACUUAUCGACCCCGGAGGGAUGAGUGGCUUGGUGACCACUGGGGCGGAUUCGAACCUCAGAUCGAUCGUGCAGGCAGCGGAACCUCUAACCGACUGCACUACUCCACCCACACCAUGCCAUAACACAUAUUGCAGAAAAUCUACGAACAAUUUCUCAUCCUUAAAUUCCACUCCAGCAUUUUAUAAGUGUUAUCUCUGUAUCAAAGCGAUACGAAACGAAUAA